AUGGCUCGUCUCCCCGGCGGCACCGCAUUACAGCCCUUAAUGCUGCAGCAACCAGCAGGGCUCAGAGCGCCGGCGUCACCAGCUGAAGUGCUGUCUCCGCUUUCUGUAAAUGAAUUGAGAACAACAUUCAAGCCAAGCAGAGUCAAAAAGAACAAAAAGCCGAAAAUCAACAAACUUAGUCAUGAUGCCCUAGAGAUGCAGUUUGCCAGAAAGAAACAAGAAAGAACCUUAAGCGAGGAUACCUUGGACUCGGUGUUUGCUGACUUCCAGGAUGCUUUGAAGAUUGAAAGGCCAAGGACGUCGCUUUCCAUGGCUUACGAAAAUGCGCUUGAGGAUGAGCUUGAGGUAAAGUUGUUCGACUUGUUUGUGCAUGUUAUCUCGAAAAGCAUUGACUCAUUUAUGCCACAGGAGUGUUUUCAAAAGAUUGCUUCGGAGUUGGCCUUGUAUGAGGACACAAGGAUGAUUCUCAAUUCCAUCUUUUGCUUAAGCUCGUUAAUCCUCCUGAGAAUCAAUCCAGAUGCAAUCGACCCAUCGUACCCACUCAACCGUCCAGAUGCAGAGGAUGAGAGCAAUGGUAUUCUUGCUCGUUGUUUGUUGGCCACUAUACUAUUGUGCAUCUACGAGCUCUUUUUCGUGGCCAUUGAUAGCACCUACGUGAAGGGUGCUGCUAGCAUUUUCAUCUCCAUCAUGUCUCGCCGAAACAGGUCGGAAAGUUUGAUUGGAAACUCCCCAUACUACCACACAUGCUUUUGGGGAAUGUUCGUCUGCGACUUGAUCUUGUCUUUGAAGCUCGAACUUCCAAACAUGUACUCGCUAGAAAAAACCUGGAGAGCCAUGGAUCCUGCCUACUUCGAUGCAUUCAAUGACCCCACUGCUCAUCUGGAUGAGCCGGCUCGGUCGGUGAAGGAUGUUGAGGCUUUCCUCUCAAGCUCCUUGUUGACGGGCCAGAGCACCUGGUGGUGGCAGUACAAAGUGAUUAUAACCCUCAGCAACAUUAACGAGUUUUCCAAUUCCUACGAUGUGAUAACACAGGAGGACUUUGCCAGUAAUAGGGAGUUUCAUCAAUGGAUGGAAAUUAAUCAAAAGUUAGAGGAGAUCGAUCGUAAUCUUCCUGUUUCCUUGAAGCCAAGUGUCUGCCGUCCAGCGUCGAAAUCGAGAGUAUUCCCUCACAUCUUGUUCAAGGACGAGACUACAGCGAUCGUUGGCUUAAAUUAUAAAAUGGCGAAGAUCAGCCACUAUGUCAAACUUGCUCACAAACUAAGACUCGCUGACACCUUUUUGGUCGAUGAACAAUUGGCGAAAUCUCGUUGGUAUCCUACAGAGCUACCGCAAUUCGAGUAUUUGGCCAGUGACGAUUCAUGCAUUGAGAGCAGCAUCACGUAA